AUGACAGGUCUUGUUGUGGUGACCAGGGGAGGUGGGUGCGGUGGUGGUGGCGGAGCUAAUAUUGGAGGUGGAAAAGGGGCAAGUAAUAAGGGAACAGUGAAAAGCUCUGACGAAGACCAAAACCAGCUCCCACUGGUUACGUUUCUCUUGGCAGCUCUGAAGAAAUCCAUGGUGGCUUGCCGUGUCGAGAGAGGUGAAGAUGCCAUCUCCAGCGUUCAUCAUAUGGAGAUUGGAUGCCCCACCAAUGUCCGUCACAUAACUCAUGUCACCUUUGAUCGCUUCAAUGGCUUUCUUGGUCUUCCUGUUGAGUUCGAGGUUGAGAUCCCUGGUCGAGUUCCCAGUGCUAGCGCAAGCGUCUUUGGGGUGUCAGCUGAAUCAAUGCAGUGUUGUUAUGAUUCGAGAGGGAACAGUGUGCCGACUAUUCUUUUGCUAAUGCAGGAGCGCCUAUACUCACAAGGAGGUUUGAAGGCAGAAGGGGUAUUCAGAAUAAACCCAGAAAAUAGUAAAGAGGAGCAUGUGAGGGACCAACUGAACAGGGGCAAUGUGCCAGAUGACAUUGAUGUACAUUGUUUGGCAGGCUUAAUCAAAGCUUGGUUUAGAGAGCUUCCUUCAGGAGUACUAGAUGGACUUUCACCUGAACAAGUUCUCCAGUGCAACAGCGAGGAAGAAUGCGACGAACUUGUGAAGCAACUAAAGCCCACAGAGACAGCAUUGCUCAACUGGGCAGUUGAUCUCAUGGCUGAUGUUGUUGAGGAAGAGGAGUACAACAAAAUGAACGCCAGAAAUAUAGCUAUGGUUUUUUCUCCAAACAUGACUCAAAUGUCUGAUCCAUUGACGGCUCUGAUGCAUGCGGUUCAAGUGAUGAACUUGCUCAAGAAUCUCAUCACAAAAACACUAAGAGAGCGUGAAGAUGCAACUUCCGGAGGAUAUUCACCCAUGUCAUCUUGUUCAGCUGAACAUCAUAGCGAUGAAGAUUUUGAUUGUCAGCAAGAGAUGGACACUAACAACGAAACUAGAGGGCAUGCGUCAGAUUAUGAUGAAAAUGUCAAUUACAGCCAUGGCCGUGAAGAUGAUGGUGAUGGUGAUGGUGAUGAUGGAGUUCAUUCACUGGGUGAGGUAGAAGAGUGCUUCUUGAGGCAGAUGGACGACAACAAAGCUGUCAACUUAACCAGCUCCGCUGAUCAAUCAGUAGGUGAUUUGCAACAAAACUAUGCCAAGUCUUGCUCUCCCUGGAGCAAAAUGGAAGAAUCAUGCGUGUCGUUUAGUGAAAGCAAAGAGGAAAAUUCAGGCUUGACUACAAGUGAGGGAGAGGAAGAAGACUCUUGCAAAAGCUUGGUAUACAUAGAAAAGAGGAUUAAUGACGAAGAAGAGGAAUCAUCAAUAGUUUGUUCAAGCAUGAACAACAUUGAAAUGGAGAGACUAGAAGGAGAGAACAACACUCGCCUGUUCCAUCGUUUGCAUUUGAUGAAUCCAUGAUCUAACUCGACACUAUUGUCGUCUCAAGAGUGGUAUAAGAAUUACUUUUCUUAGCUAGCUCUAUAUUUUUGGUUGGUUUCUGUAAAUUAAGUAAUGUGUCCUGUUCAGCAAGAAGGGCUUGACUGAACUAAAUAUGUGGUUUAAUGUGAUUGGUUUCAGACUCGUGAAGAGGUAGAAAAGGGUUCAGCUUUGGGCUGAAGCCAUACGUACGUACCUUAGUUAAGGUUGAAGAUGUGUGACUGUGUUCUACGUAGGAAAGAAUUUACUAACCUUUGACAUACAUAUCAGAUUGGAAUGAAUUAGUGUCAAAGUAAUGUAUGUAAAAGUCUUGUCGGCAGAACCUUAUGGAGGAGAAUGUAGUAGUUUUCUGUGCUUGACUUUUUAUGAAUCGUAUCAUUGAAAUUCAA